UGCUACAAAAAUAAAGAAAAAAUACCACUUUGCUAAUUUGUUAUCGUUUUUGACACCAAAUUUAGAUAGAAGAAGUACCUCAGGAAAUUUUAUAAACGACACACAAAACGUAUCAGAUGCUCAGGUUUCGGAUACAGAUGAAGUGGUUGAAGAUCAUGAGAAUACAUUAUUAGACCAAGAACACCCAUCACAGCAACUGGAUAUGUCCUUAAGCGCACAGAACACCCCACCGAGUACUUCAAAAAAAAAUAAAAAAAAUCCAAAAAUGACUAUUUUUCAGAGCAAACUAUUGGAUCACUUGGAAAAACAAGAAUUAACUGACGCGGAUGAACUUUUUUUGAAAUCUUUACUUCCUCAAGUAAAACAAUUAAGUGAUGGUAAAAAAUUAGAAUUUAAAAUGUACGUACUUAAAUUUUUUCAAAAUGAAUCUUAUCCACAAAAUAAUAAUUAUUCCUAUCAAACUCCAAUAUUUAAUCCUCAGAAUAAUGCUCAAUAUUUUCAUUCCGGGUAUUUAAAUUCAUACCAACAUCAACAAGCGUCUUCCUCACACAGUUCUAUAGAUACACUACACCACAACAUAUAUCCUGCACCAAUUCCAAAUCAAUGUCCUCAACUACCUUCUUCUGAAAACAUAUCUGCACCUUAUCAACCAAAGCAACAACAUUUUCCUCUGCAUAAUCCCCAAGAUGGCAACCAUCAUCAAAUGUAAAUGACAAUUUACGUAUUUUAAAAAGUGAUAAUAAUUUGUUUUUUUUUAUUUAUUUUAAGAAGCUUAUAAAAGUUAAACAGUUAUUUUUAUUAUUUGUUAUUACCUAUAAAUGGUACUAGUUUUUAUAUUUUAUAUACUUAACAAUUUAUAAUUUUUUAGUUUUUUAAACAGUUAAUACAUUUUCUUUCUUUUGUAUUUAGAAGUUAAUUAAAAAAGAAUACAUCUUUUCAUAACGUAUAGGUGUUCUUAUUUAUAUUUGAAUUAUAAUAAAAAAUUACAGCCCACAGGUAUGUAUACAAAGUUCAACAUAGUACUUUUGGUGAUAUUAAUACGUGUAAUCACGUUUAUAACGGUCCUACGUUAAUUUUGUCCAUAUAGAAAAUAUGUAAAACUUUUUUUUUUAAAUAUGUACCUAUAUUGUAUGUAUGUGAUAUAUUUAUAUAUAUUAUAUAUUUGUAUCAGUUUUAUAUGUUAUAAAAUUAAGCACCUAAGUACUUAUUUGUAUUGACUAUUGAGUCAUUAUACCUAUUAAUUAUUAUGUUAUUAUUAUUAACAAAUGUAUUUAGUUAUAUAAGGUUAGCGAGAGACUUUAAU